AUGUUUCAGCCUGAUGUGCGACUCCGACAUCAACAUCAUCACCAUCACCACCAUCAUAGCCAUUCUUCUCGUCGUCAUGCUCGUUCCCGCUCAGCCAACCAGGGAAGGCUGGCUCCAAUGUCCACUGGGUCCACGGGCGUUUCAGCAGUUAGUCAUGCUGUUGGGUCAGCUGGUGAAAACGGCAGUGGGACUGGCGAUAAUUGGCUUAUGUAUUCUCCUAGCUCUGCAGUUGCUGGUUUUGCUGAUCGACUGACUCCAGGGCCUUUAGAUCCAUUUGUAAACACCGUAAAUCGGCGAAGUGGAUCUCUGUGUACUUGGUCUAUUCUCAAACGUUUCACCGGCAUCGUAGUCGGCCUCAUCAGUGAGUUUUGUCAUUCUCCGCACCAAGCCACGAACUCGUCAGAGACGACUAUGAUGCCGGCGAAAGGUUGGAAAAUCUACCAAGUCCAUUGUCUUAUGAUGGUAAUUAUGACAACUACUAUGGCAGACGACUUCGGACUAGGCGCGUCGCCCUAA